UCUAGCUUGCACUUGCCAGUCGGAACGGAAGUCGCAUGACGUCACUUCACCAAACAAGCAUGGCGGUGCUUCUUGAAACCACUCUGGGAGAUAUUGUUGUUGAUUUGUACACCGAAGAAAGACCGAAAACUUGUCUGAACUUCUUGAAGCUAUGCAAGAUCAAGUACUAUAACUACUGUCUAUUCCACAAUGUACAGAGAGACUUCAUCUCACAAACUGGAGACCCAACAGGCACGGGACGUGGAGGAGAGUCGAUCUUCGGUAAGCUCUAUGGAGACCAGGCCCGUUUCUUUGAUUCCGAGAAGGUACCCAGGAUCAAACACAAGAAGAAGGGCACUGUGUCUAUGGUGAACAAUGGCAGUGAUCAACACGGCUCUCAGUUCCUCAUUACCACAGGGGAAAAUUUGGACUACCUGGAUGGCGUCCAUACUGUAUUCGGAGAGGUGACGGAAGGCAUGGAUGUCCUUAAGAAGAUCAACGAGACGUUUGUUGACAAAGACUUUGUCCCCUUUCAGGACAUCAGAAUAAACCACGCAGUAAUCCUAGAAGAUCCUUUUGAUGACCCUCCCAGCCUUCCCAUUCCCGAUCGCUCUCCAGAGCCCACUAAAGAACAACUGGAUAGUGGUCGUAUAGGAGCGGAUGAGUCGAUAGUUGACCAUGAGGGCAAGACUGCGGAGGAGAUCGACGAGAUUCUCAAGGAGAAAGAUGCCAAGACACAGGCUAUACUGCUGGAAAUGGUGGGGGAUUUGCCAGAUGCUGAUGUGAAGCCCCCAGAGAACGUGUUGUUUGUCUGCAAGCUGAACCCAGUCACUACUGAUGAAGAUCUGGAGAUCAUCUUCUCACGCUUUGGGACCAUAUCAAGCUGUGAGAUUAUCAGAGACUGGAAAUCAGGGGAGUCCCUAUGCUACGCUUUCAUAGAGUUUGAAAAGGAGGAGGACUGUGAGAAGGCCUACUUUAAGAUGGAUAACGUGCUGAUAGACGACCGGCGGAUACACGUGGACUUCAGCCAGUCGGUGGCCAAAAUCAGAUGGAAAGGCAAAGGUGGGAAAUGGUCCAAGGACGACUUCAAGGCCUACGAGCAGGAAAAGAAGAAUAAGCUGACCCUCAAAGACAAGGCAAAGCCCAGACAAGAUUCCCGCUAUGACCUGGUCCUUGAUGGGGAUGAUGAUGACGAUGAAGAGCAAGGAGGCAGUCGGCAGGCUAUUGACAAGAAGCAGAAAGAGAAGAGGCACCACCACCAUCACACAGGAGAAGAGGACGCCAGAAAGCCAAAGAAGUCUAAGGAGAGUGACGACAGCGGACGGAGUAAAAAAUCAGGUCGUCAGCGUUCCCGUUCCCGUUCCAGGGAGAGGGAUAGAGAGAGGGAAAGGGAGAGAGACCGGGACCACAAGCACCGUAACAAGCACUCCUCUUCAGACAAACACCGGGACAAGCACCGGCACGAGAGCAACGACAAGAGCCACAGCAGGCGCCACCGCAGCAGGAGCCACAGCCCCCGCAGACACAAGGACAAGGAGCAGAGGUGAGGAGGACCAGGACCAGCACACCUCCUCUCCUCUCCCUUCUCCUCCCCUACCCUCCCUUCUCUUCUUCCUUCUCCUCCUCUCUCCCUUCUCCUCUCCUCUUUUACAGAAAGUUUAACCUUAGACCGGUUUCUCCAUUAUUAUUACAGUCUGACUCAGUGUUUCCCACCCAUGUGUAUUUGUACCACUAAGGGUACGAGAACACACCUCCAGGGGUUAUGUGGAAGAAUGUGAUGAUGACAAUUGAAUGGAGCGUAGUCAUAUUGGGAAAAAGAAAUAGAUAUAGAGGGCAUGGGUUAGGGGGUACAACACUGCUCUGACUCAUGAUAUUUUUCCACAAUUGUUCAAGUCGUCCUGUCAAAUGAAACGUGAGCUGUCUCAUCAGCUGUAGUCUCAGCAUUCUGGGGAAAUGUAAGACUGGUCUUAAGGGCCGUACACACACGUCACUGCUAGUUACUCGCUCAGCGAAUUAACUCAAUAGAAUGCCAAUGUGUUCCAGCGAGACUAGCAGGCGAGUACUGUACAAGCGAUGUGAUGUGGGCGGAUCCCAAGUUGAAAAUAUUUUAUUUUCGAGCGAGGCGAGUAACCAAUUGGAAUGCAGAGUUCAGUACUUCUCGCCUGUUCAUUGGCAGUUUCAAUGAAAGAGUGGCAAGUAGGCGAGCAAGCGAAAAGCUAGCAAUGUGUGUGUACGCCGCUUUAAACUGCUCGCUCAAUCAACUUUCCAAUUCUCAACUCUUUGUAGCACACUUCAAAAUAAACAUGCUCUCUCAUCAUCCAGGUGUUUUUAUAACAAACCUACAGAAAUGUUAUUUCCCUCCUUGGUGUUUGUGAGGUUCCUAUAUAAAAGUUCCUAUAUAAAAAUAAAAUGGUGAUUUGCUUAA